UUCCCUCAAAUUGACUCCAUUUCUAUACGUCAAUUCUCUUAAUUAGCUUUUGCAGACCUCCCUUAUACCGCCAUUUCAUUUCCAAUUUUCCCUCUUUCUUCCAAUCGGAGAUCUAUCUCUUCCACCCUUCUCCGAUCUCAAUUUCCCUCUCUGAACCCCUUUUCUUCUGCACAAUCAUCAAACCCCAAUUCCCUUUUUUCAAUUUCUCUUCUUGUUGCCCGCUUCUUCUACCCUUUUGGGAUUUCAUUGUUUUGCAGGCUUUUCUGAUUUCCUCAACUAGUGUGUGUUUUAUAUUUGAAGUGGGCAAAAACAAUGGGUACACCUGAAAAGAAUGACAGUAAGGGGGGUUUCUUUGCUGCCAUGACUUCUGGGAUUUCCAAGCUUAGCAACGCCAUGCACCGAUCUGUUAAUGGGUUUCUUGGUUAUGAAGGGGUAGAAGUUAUAAAUCCUGAAGGAGGCAAAGAAGAUGCAGAAGAGGAAGCUCAGAAAGGAAGAUGGAAACAAGAGGAUCGUGAAAGUUACUGGAAGAUGAUGCACAAGUAUAUUGGAUCAGAUGUCACAUCAAUGGUCACUCUUCCUGUAAUCAUUUUUGAACCAAUGACAAUGAUUCAGAAAAUGGCCGAGUUAAUGGAAUACUCUCACUUGUUGAAUCUGGCGGAUGAAUGUGAGGAUCCUUAUAUGCGGUUGGUGUAUGCAUCAUCAUGGGCAAUAUCAGUGUAUUAUGCUUAUCAAAGGACCUGGAAGCCUUUUAAUCCUAUCCUUGGAGAGACUUAUGAACUGACUAAUCAUAAUGGCAUCACAUUUCUUUCAGAGCAGGUGAGUCAUCAUCCCCCUAUGAGCGCUGGGCACGCAGAAAAUGAGCACUUUAGUUAUGAUGUGACUUCAAAGUUGAAAACUAAGUUUUUAGGGAACUCGUUGGAUGUCUAUCCUGUGGGAAGAACACGGGUCACUCUAAAAAGAGAUGGUGCAGUAUUAGAUUUAGUGCCACCGCCCACUAAAGUUAACAACUUGAUAUUUGGAAGGACAUGGGUUGACUCACCUGGAGAGAUGAUAAUGACCAAUUUAGCAACGGGUGAUAAAGUUGUACUAUAUUUUCAACCAUGCGGAUGGUUUGGUGCUGGGCGUUAUGAAGUGGAUGGUUAUGUUUAUAAUUCGGCGGAGGAACCAAAAAUUUUGAUGACAGGGAAAUGGAAUGAAUUUAUGAGUUACCAACCUUGUGAUAUGGAAGGGGAGCCUCUUCCAAACACAGAACUGAAAGAGGUUUGGCAUGUGGCUAAAACACCCGAAAACGACAAAUUUCAAUACACACAUUUUGCACAUAAGAUAAAUAGUUUCGAUACUGCCCCUAAGAAGUUGUUGGCAUCGGACUCCCGGUUGCGUCCUGAUAGAUAUGCUUUAGAGAAGGGUGAUCUAUCCAAAGCAGGGUCGGAAAAGAGCAGUUUGGAAGAGAGGCAAAGAGCUGAAAAGAGAACUCGAGAGGCCAAAGGACAGAGUUUUGUGCCCAGAUGGUUUGAUUUAACUGAAGAGGUUACAUCCACACCGUGGGGUGACUUGGAAAUCUUCCAAUAUAAUGGUAAAUACACCAAACAUCGGGCUGACAUUGAUAGUUCUGGUUCAAGCAACAACGACGAGAUUGAUGUUAAAUCGAUAGAAUUUAACCCCUGGCAAUAUGGGAACUUGUCGACAGAUUAAGGGUCUCCUCAUCUAUGUUUUGUUUGGUUGGCUUCCUCAGAUAGUUGGUAAUAUUUUUCAGCAUUUGAUAUUAUAGUUGUCUGUUGUUUGUUUAUGUAGAGCUUUUACAUUUUGUAACUUUGUUAUCAAUCUUUGCCAGUUGUUUGAUCAAUCCUACAACUUUCAACCAAUGUUUUAUUCUUGGUGAUAUGAUUCAUAAUUUAUGUGGUUCGACUUUUAGAGUGAUU